UCCACUGGCUCCACCCUAGAGGAGAUCCAGCUUUCAAUCACUAUCUUUUAACUCCCCCCGGCCUCCACUGGCUCCACCCUAGAGGAAAUCCAGCUGCCAAAGAGCCCAGAAACAAGAACGCCCCCUGCCGAAUCUACAAUCGAUCGGUAACCUCGGCAUCCAAGAACGUGUGCCUAUUUUCUGUUCCGAGACUUCUGAAAAUUUUGAAUGAUGGCAACAUCGAUAAUCAAACCUGCUGUUCCAGUUCUUUUGAAGGAAAUAGAAUCAGGUUCACAAUUUUUUAAGCAAGGCGCUUCUCUUCGAGUUACUGGAAUGCUAGAUGCAUAUAAUGAGGACACUGCCAUAGCAGUCAUUGCCGAUGCAAACAUCAGCUUUAAGAUAAAUACCGUGCAUUUGAGGGACCUCAGCUUCCGCAUUGGUUCCUACUACCAAUUUAUUGGAGAACUUCACAUUCUGCCAGAAGAUGUGGCAAUCUUGCAGGCACGUGUAGGAAGAAUUGUUGAUGGCCUUGAUCCUAAUCUCUACAACCAAUCUCUUCAGCUUCGUAGGCAGUUUGAAUCUGAAUUUGUUAAUUCCUGAGUCACAUGAUUUCUUCUGUUGGAGACAUCAAACAAUGAAAUUGUGACCUUAGGCUGAAGACUUUAUGAUGUUUGUAAAAGAAGUUUAUAAGACUGGUGCUAGUUUUCUAUGUUCAGCUACAUGAUUUCUCAAUGGAUGUAGGUCUUGAUCGAAUUUUAUUAGUUUGAUAUAUAUUCCAUUUAAUUUUGUGUC